AUGAUGAGGACCACUGACAACUUCGAUAAGAGCAGUGCCACUCUAAACCCUAACAGGACCCCCAAGGGAAGGUACAUUUACCUGGAAGUGUUCCUGGAGGGGGGAGCUCCCUGGGGUUUUACUUUGAAAGGUGGCUUGGAGCACGGAGAACCAUUAAUCAUCUCUAAGAUCGAAGAAGGGGGCAAAGCAGACUCGGUGAGCUCCAAACUGCAGGCCGGAGACGAGGUCGUGCACAUCAACGAGGUCGCGCUGAGCAGCUCCAGGAGGGAGGCCGUCUCGCUGGUGAAAGGAUCCUACAAGACCCUGCGGCUGGUGGUGCGCAGAGAUGCGAGUGCAGAUCCCGGCCAUGCAGAUACUGGUGCCUCUAACUCCUUCAGCCCAGAGCACCUCACCUCUGACUCCCAGCACAGGAAAGCAGCGUGGUCAGGAGGGAUUAAGCUUCGGCUGAAGCACAGGCGCAGUGAACUGGCAGGUCGACCUCACUCGUGGCACACAACCAAAUGUGGGGAGAGCCAAACCGAUGCCAGCAUGAUGCAGAUAUCUCAGGGCACGAUAGGCCCUCCUUGGCACCAAAGCUACCAUUCCAGCUCCUCUACAAGUGACCUCUCCAACUAUGACCAUGCUUAUCUGAGGCAGAGCCCUGACCACUGCAGCUCCCAGGGAAGCAUGGAGAGCCUGGAGCCCAGUGGGGGAUACCCGUCCUGCCAUCUUCUUUCUCCUGCCAAGUCCACCAGCAGCAUUGACCAGCUCAGCCACUUGCAUAACAAGAGAGACUCAGCUUAUAGCUCUUUCUCCACCAGUUCUAGCAUCCUAGAGUAUCCACCCCCUGGCAUCUCUAGCCGGGAGCAUUCAGGCUCCAUGGACACUACUUCCGCUCGAGGUGGCCUCCUAGAAGGGAUGAGGCAGGCAGACAUUCGCUAUGUCAAGACAGUCUAUGAUACCCGGAGGGGAGUUUCAGCAGAGUAUGAGGUGAACUCUUCAGCCCUGCUUCUUCAAGGUAGGGAGGCCCGAGCAUCAGCAGGUGGUCAAGGCUAUGACAAAUGGUAUAAUGUUGCUCGGGGCAAGGGAGCGCCACCCCCAUUCUGGAGCCAGCAGUGCCCCAGUUCCUUGGAGACUGCAACUGACAACCUGCCUCCUAAGGCCAGUGCACCCCUGCCUCCAGCUCGCAGCGACAGUUACGCAGCUUUUCGGCACUGCGAGCGGCCCAGCUCCUGGUCUAGCCUUGAUCAGAAACGGUUCUGCCGGCCUCAGGUGAACUCCUCAGGCUCCCUGAAAUCUUCAUUCAAAGAGGAGCAGCUGCAUACAGUACUAGAGAAGAGUCCGGAGAACAGCCCCCCAGUGAAGCCCAAGCAUAAUUAUAUGCAGAAGGCCCAACCUGGCCAACCUCUGCUGCCAACUGGCAUCUACCCUGUACCUUCCCUGGAACCACACUUCGCCCACGUGCCCCAGUCUUCCGUGAGCAGUAACGGUACACUCUACCCUGCACUGGCCAAGGAGAGUGGAUACACAGCCCCUCGGGGAGCUUGCAACAAGAUGGCUACCUCUGAUGAGAAUGGGAACCAAAAUGGAUCUAGCAGGCCUGGGUUUGCCUUCUACCAGCCCCCAGAACAUGACUCACUGUCCCCAGUGGAGAGGAAACCAGAAACUACAGCCAAGUGUGUCCCCUACAAAGUCCAUUUUUCUUCAGUGCCUGAAAACGAAGAGGAUACCUCCCUAAGGAGACAUCUCAUACCUUCCCAAGGCAACAGCCCACAUCCCAGUGAGAGAAAGAGCACCCACAACAGCAGUCCAUGUUCUAAUCACCACAGCCUCCAAUACCCUCAGGCUCAGGUCUGGCACGUGGGUGAAGACAAGCAAUCUUCCAGGCCCUCAGAGCCCUGGGAGGAUGUUUUCCAGGAAGACCAUAAUGCCAACCUCCAGCGGAGGAUGGAGAGAGAAGGACUAACCCAGGGCGUGUCAAGCAACUUUGGCAAGACCAAGUCAGCUUUCUCAUCUCUCCAGAACAUUCCCGAGAGCCUAAGAAGACAAGGCAGCCUGGAGCUGGGAGCCCAGGAGGGCUACCUGGGUGGCAGGCCCACCUGUUCAGCCAACACCAAGAUGGAGGACCCUGGAAGGAAAGCCAUGCCUGACCACAGGAGCCAUCCAGACAGGCCAGUUUCCUAUCCAAGACCCAAUGGUAGAAGCCAUGCCUCCACCGCUAUCCACGGUUCAGACCUAGGGUAUGAAGAGCCGCCCACCCCGCUGUACCAGCAGACAUCCAGUCUGGGCCGGAGGAGGCUGAGCUCAGGCAGCACCUCGGCUUUGCAAGGCUUCCAGUACGGGAAGCUCCACUGCUCGGUGCUGGAGAAGGUUUCGAAGAUCGAGCAGCGAGAGCAAGGGAUCCAGAGACCGCCCAGUGUGGGCAGCUUCAGCUGUGGCCAUAACUACAGGCCCAACAAGAUGGUCCCAACUUCCGACGUUUCUGGGAAUGACUUGGAGGAGACAAAAGCCAAUAUCCGUUUCUCCGAGUCUGCUGAACCCCUAGGCAAUGGGGAGCAGCACUUCAAAAACGGGGAGCCAACGGUGGAAGAGGUUUCCUGGCAGCCACGUGGUCAGCAGCUCAGGAGGGGUGUCGAUGGCGGCCGUGGCCCCCCACUCAGAGGCAGUGAGCCCCCGAGGCCGGACGCUCGCCUCUUCCGCAGCCAGAGCACCUUCCAGCUCUUCAGCGAGGCCAAGAAGGAGGCCGCGUGGCAGGACGACAGGCCCGGCACGCCCGAGUCGCCCCUACUGGACGCGCCGUUUAGCCGCGCCUACCGGAACAGCAUCAAGGACGCGCAGUCCCGCGUCCUGGGGGCCACCUCCUUUCGACGCCGGGACCUGGAGCCGGGCGCACCCGCGGCGUCGAGACCCUGGCGGCCGCGGCCCUCCUCGGCCCAUGUGGCGCUGCCGAGCCCUGAGGCGCCGGCGCAGGCCUCCGCCUCCCCGCACACGCCUCGGGAGCGGCACAGCGUGAGCCCGGCAGAGGGCGACUCUGCCCGGCCCGCGCCCGCCGCCCGGAGAGGCGCGCGCCGGCGACUGACCCCCGAGCAGAAGAAGCGCUCUUACUCGGAGCCCGAGAAGAUGAACGAGGUGGGGAUGUCGGAGGAGGCCGAGCCUGCGCCCUUGGGCCCGCCCAGGAGGGGCCUGCGUUUUCCGGAGAGCACCGUGGCGGACCGGCGCCGCAUCUUUGAGCGCGACGGCAAGACCUGCUCCACGCUCAGCCUGUCGGGGCCCGAGCUGAAGCAGUUCCAGCAGAGCGCCCUCGCCGACUACAUUCAGCGCAAGACCGGCAAGCGGCCCGCCGCCGGCCCCCAGGAGCCCGGGCCCCUGCGCGAGCGCGCCCAGAGCGCCUACCUCCAGCCCAGCCCCUCGGCGCCCGAAGGCCCCGGCCUCGCUGCGGCCUACAGCCUGAGCUCGCUGCGGGAUCCGAGCCUGCAGCCCCGCAGAGAGGCCGCCCUCCUGCCGGCUGCGGCCACAGAGCCCUCACGGGGCCCCCGGGAUCGCAGCAGCUCCUUCGCUGGCAGCCGCCUCCACGGCGAACGGCGACGCGGAGACCCCCAGACCCCGAGGGAGUUGCUGGGUGGAGCUAACAGUGGACCAAGGGGCACCCAAAGGGUGGACAGGACCCCUAGGGAGCCAUCUUCCUGGGGGGCUGUGACUGGGAAGUCUAUGUCGGCCGAAGACCUUCUGGAGCGCUCGGACGUCCUGGCUGUCCCCGUCCACGUGAGGUCCAGGUCAUCUCCCAUUGCGGACAAGAAGCGCCAGGAUGUGCUAUUGGGGAAAGACAAUGGCUUUGGUCUUGUUUACGAUACACAUUAUUUGGCUGGCCCUGGAUCUAGGUCACUCAGUUGUUCAGAAAGAGGCCAAGAAGAGAUACCAUUAUUCAUACACCAUCCUACCCCUCGUUGGGAUGGUUUAGGCUGCAAAGGAGUUGAUGGUUCCUCAGUUCCUGGUGACCGUCCUGGAGUCCUGGACCAUCAAAGGCAAGCCAGCAGAACACCUUGCCCCAGGCCACUGCCGGCAGGAAUGCCAGGGCAUCUGACAGACACCAGGGCUGUGCCACUGACCCCACUCAGCUCCCCUCUGCCUUCACCUGUUCCCUCUAGCUACUGCUCACAGGUUGCCACUGACCAGCAAUCUGGAAGGGACGGUCAGGCAGGGCAACAAUCUCUUGCACCUUGCACCCCUGCAAUGACCCACAGAAGCAACGGUCACACCUUGACCCAUCCUCCCAGUCCAAGAGGCUGUGAGUUCAACAGCUCAGAGCAUGGGGUAGAAGAGGGAAUGAGCAAGAGAGCCUCACUGCCUCAGUGGCCACCGCCUCCUCGGGCAAAGUGGGCCCAAGCAGUCAGGGAGGACAGCCUGCCUGAGGAAUCCUUGUCACCUGAGUCUGCAAACCUGAAGCACUAUAAAAACCAGCAGAGCCCUCCAAGUUCAUGCAGCACUUCUGACCCAGACACGCCUCUUGGGGCCCCAAGCACUCCAGGGAGGAUCUCCCUCCGCAUAUCCGAGUCAGUCCUGCUGGCCUCCCCACCACCUCGGGACGAUUAUGAGGAUGAAGUGUUUAUGAAGGACUUGCAUCCCAAGGCCACUUCCAGCCCCACAUUUGAAGCUCUUCCCCCACCCCCACCUCCUCCACCUCCACUGAGCCAGGAAACCCCAGUGAAUAGCAUGGAUGACUUUCCUCCACCUCCUCCCCAAACCGCUGACGAGGCACAGCUGCUGGACAGCGAGGAUUACGAGGAGCCCCGCAGCAGCUCCAGCAAGUUUUCCAAGAUGACAAUUGCAAGGGAAAGGGACAUGCCCAGAGCAGCACAUUUUGUAGGUAGUAAGAUACUGGCUUCCAGACCCCAAGCUUCUAUCAGGGGUUCAGAGGCUAGCCCCCGCUCCAUCAUGGCUGUUCAGCCCCAACUUGCUGGGUCUUUUGGCAAGCAGCCAAGCCCAGGGCAGCCACCUCCCAUCCAGACUCAAAGCCUCAUUCACGAUCCGGUCAAUGGAACUCAGGGUAUAGAAAAGAAAGUCAGUUCUGAUCCUCAGAAGACCUCAGAAGACAUCAGAACAGAGGCUCUGGCCAAGGAAAUUGUCCACCAAGAUAAAUCUCUGGCAGACAUUUUGGAUCCAGACUCCAGAAUGAAGACGACUAUGGACCUGAUGGAAGGUUUGUUUCCCCGAGAUGUUAACUUGCUGAAGGAAAACAGUAUAAAGAGGAAGGCCAUGCAGAGAACUGUCAGCUGCUCAGGAUAUGAAGGCAACAGGAGUGGAGACAAGGAAGCAGUGGGUAUGUUGGUCAAUUGCCCUGCCUACUACAGUGUGUCUGCUCCCAAGGCUGAACUUCUAAACAAAAUCAAAGACAUGCCAGAAGAGGUGAAUGAGGAAGAGGAGCAGGCGGAUGUCAACGAAAAGAAGGCCGAGCUCAUUGGAAGCCUCUCCCGCAAGCUUGAGACCCUCCAGGAAGCAAAGGGGAGUCUGCUCAUGGACAUCAAGCUCAAUAAUGCCUUGGGAGAAGAGGUGGAGGCUUUGAUCAGUGACCUCUGCAAGCCCAAUGAGUUUGACAAGUACAGGAUGUUCAUAGGAGACUUGGAUAAGGUGGUGAAUCUGCUGCUCUCCCUCUCAGGGCGCCUGGCUCGUGUUGAGAACGUCCUUAGUGGCCUUGAUGAAGAUGCCAGUAAUGAAGAAAGGAGCUCUCUCAACGAGAAGAGGAAGAUCCUGGCAGGGCAGCACGAGGAUGCACGGGAGCUCAAGGAGAACCUCGAUCGCAGGGAGCAGGUGGUUCUGGGCAUCCUGGCCAAUUACCUGUCGGAGGAGCAACUCCAGGAUUACCAGCACUUUGUGAAAAUGAAGUCAACGCUCCUUAUUGAGCAGCGAAAGCUGGAUGACAAGAUCAAACUGGGCCAGGAGCAGGUCAAGUGUCUGCUGGAGAGUCUUCCCUCGGAUUUCAUGCCCAAGGCCGGGGCUCUCCUUCUGCCCCCAGACCUGGCCAGUGAAACGACUCCUGUGGGGGGUUGUACUUUCAGUGGUGUUUUUCCAACAUUAACCUCUCCACUUUAA